CAGUCUUCCAUUUUUUCUGGCUUGCUCAAACAAGACUCUGUGGAUAUGACCGACGACGCCGCGCUGCAGCCGCAGCAAGCCACGAGCAGCGACCCUUCUGUGGCGCUCCAAGAGCAACAGCGCAGGCCACGCGCAGUGCUGCACAAGAGCACGUACCAGCGCGGAACGCCAAUGUUCACGAGCCCAGUCCUGCCGAUGCUGCCUGCGUCCAUCGCCAAAGUCAUACAGCUCGAUGCCAGUGUUGGAACCAAACAGCAGCUACAACAGCAGCCACAACAGCCACAACAGCAGCGGCAGACCGCGACGAACAGCAGCGAGCGUCGCUUUGCCGCGCUGUCGGACGCCGAGCUCAAGGACGCGCUGGAUCGCCAGCGGGCACUCGCUCGAUCGCGCUCCAUCAUGGAAGCAUUGCCUGCAGAGAAGCGCGCACCGAUUCUGGAGCGGUUGCAGCUGCUGGAGCGCGAGAGUGCCUUCCGCCAGAGUUUGGACGACGUCGUGACGCUCAUGGCUGGCGUCGAGCUCCAACCCACAGUACCAACAGUACCAGAGUUGUCAAACCCCGACCAUGGUGCUGCAAGUAUGUUACCAUCUGACCCGAACGUGCAGAAGGGUCCGCCACAGCCACCACGAGAACAACCGACACAGCUCAGCGCUCGUGCGGCGGAAGCGCGUUCGCUCACAAUGCCGCGCGUGCUCGAUGCACACAACGAGCCAGAUCGUAGCGACCAGAGUGUUAUUGUCGAGGGAGAGCGCCAGGCACGACUCGGGCGCCGAGCUAUCGCACACGCACAGGCGCCUGGUCGACCGCAAGUACAUGCAUUGUCGCUUGAAUCGUCCCUCGCAAUGCUCCAGCACCAACACGAGCUCCAACUACAGCAAGAGCUCUUGCAGCGGCAGGCAGCGGCCAAAGUACAGCCCGUGCGAGCCAAAGCGGGCGCUCUGACGCUUGGUGCAUCGCAUGACAAAAUGUUUGCCCAACGAGGCAGCCCCUCCACCAUAACCCCUGUAUCCGGCCACGCAUCGGCUGCUCGUUCGUUGCAAACCAAAGCAAGUCGGCCUCGAAAUGACGCCAUGUACCGCGACCCAGACGAGGACGAUGAUCAGGACGACGAUGAUGAUGUGGACGAGAACGACGAUGAGUUUGAUAGCGACGAUGACUACCCCGAUGAUGGAGGUGACGACGACGACGAUGAUGAUAUCGAGACAUACUUCCACGAUGUGACUCGCCCAUCGGCUUUUGCUGGUGGUUUCCGAUGACCCUCAUCAUUGCUUGCUGUAUUUCUAAUGUAAUUUCUGAUUUCGAUACUCGACCUAUUUCUG